CUGAAGUUUAGCGAAUCGUUCAGUAGUUCGAGACGAUCUUCAGAAGGAACAGGACAACUUCAUUAUGUCUCUGCCGGUGUGGUGUGUUCUGGCGCUAACGCUAACGGCACUAACCGUUGACGGUGCCAUUGAAGACGGUGCAGGUCGUAUCUCCGCCCUGGAAGAAGCUCGUUUGCAACGGGAAAACCUUGUGCGAAAGUAUCUGAAACGGCUGAAGAAGGAGGACGGCGCUCUGAAGCUGGUUGGCGGUCGGGGAGAUUUUGAGGGCAAUGUGGAGAUUUUUCACGCCGGCAAAUGGGGUGCGAUCUGCGAUGACGAGUGGGACCAGUCCGAGGCGGAGGUCGUCUGCCGACAGCUGGGCUUCCCGGGCUACGUCAAACCAACGCACACGGGCUAUUUCGGCCGGGCGAAGCGAAAGUUCUGGAUGGAUAAUCUCUGGUGCGGUGGAAAGGAAGCGGAACUUGCCGACUGUCACUUUGACGGGUGGGGCACGAACGAUUGUGAGUCGGGUGAGGCGGCCGGUGUGAUUUGUAAGCAGCACGACACGGCAGAAACUACGACGGAAAAGCCGAUUCCGGUUGAGUUGAAGGUGGCGAAGAAGCGGUUCGGGGAACGGCUCGAGUUGCGGCUGGUGGGGGGCCGGGUGGCCGGCGAAGGACGGGUGGAAGUGAGAGUGGUUGAUGGGGAAGGUGCGGCCGGCCCUUGGGGAAGUGUGUGUGGUGAUGGGUGGGGUUUGCUCGAGGGAAAUGUCGUCUGUCGGCAGCUGGGCCUUGGCUACGCAAACAAUGCCGUCCAGACGGACUUCUUCUCGGAAGAGUCGGAAGCGAACGGCAAACUCCCGGAACGUGUACUGCUGAGUGGGACGGAGUGCUACGGUAAUGAGAGCUCACUGGCCGACUGCUUACACAACCCCAUUGGAGAAGGUGACGCGCGGUGCAGUGAUCGACGAGGCCAUGUGGCGGCCGUUACCUGUGUCCCGCAAAUGGCCGAUCUUGUGUUCGAUCACGUCGAGAUGGAACAAUCGCUACAUCUGGAGGAUCGUCUCAUGUACCUGUUGCAGUGUGCGAUGGAAGAAAACUGUGUGGCCACCCAAGCGUACGAGAUCCAGCGAGACAAUCCAAACUGGCAUCUGGAGACGCGUCGACUGCUGAAGUUUACGGCGCGGGUUGUAAACAUGGGCACGGCGGACUUUCGACCACACAUUCCCAAGCACCUCUGGGAGUGGCAUCUGUGCCACAUGCACUAUCACAGCAUGGAAGUGUUCGCCACGUUCGAUGUGAUCGAUGCGCACGGGAAACGGGUGGCCGAAGGUCAUAAGGCAUCGUUCUGUCUGGAGGAUAAUCAGUGUUUGCCGGGUGUGGAGCCCAGGUACGCGUGUGCGAACUACGGCGACCAGGGCAUAUCGGUGAACUGUUCCGACAUUUACCGGCACAAUAUCGAUUGCCAGUGGGUGGACAUCAGUGAGCUGGACUUUGGCGAGUACACGAUGCGGGUGGCGAUCAACCCGGAGUUCAAGGUGCCGGAGAUGCGGUUCGACAAUAAUGCGGCAACCUGUCGGCUGCUGUACACGCAAACGUACGCCCGGGUGUUCGAUUGCAAGCUGGAGCGUCCGUAGAGGGUGGUGAGGCGGGAACAGGAGCGAUGGAAUGGGUAGAUUAGGACGAUGAAGCAAUAAUAAAUAUUUGAAUGUGUUUGUGAUCACGUGA